AUGUAUCCCGCGGCAUCACUUCCUCUGUUGCCGUCUAAACGAAAAACUACUCCACGUGGUCUUCCCAAAAUGGAUCAGGAAGAUCGAAAUCAUACAUCGAAAAUGGUCAUUAUCAAUUUACAGAAAACGAAGUUGGCCAAACGUGCUUGGCUCAAUAUACACGCUAAGGCUGACGUGGUUCUCAGUAUGCUCCUAUCGCGACUUAUGAUGCGUACCCAUACAGAGGUUAAAGCUGAUCCUCAAUCAUUUUCCCCUGUCAUAGUCUUACGAUCGAACCAUUCAGACCCCGCAGUCACUCCUCCAUGGCGUGUUCUUCCACAUCCAACUGCUGGUGAAAAUGUUCGAAUUAUUGAGCGCUGGUCAGACACAAAAGUUGAUUUUAAACCAUCAGAAUCCUACUACAAUCGGCUUCACUGUCACGAUCGUGACGGGGACAUUCCAGAAUACGCAGAAGAUCAACCCAAAUGUAAACGCGAAAAAGUGGAGAAUUCUCCCAUUCCUAAUGAAUCAAGCUGUAAUGAUGAUUUGUUUAACUUAUCGAUCGCCCAGCAAUUAUUUGUAUCCUCUGAAGUCAAUCACUCUUUCCACCAGCCCAUGCAAAAACCGUGGACGUCUUAUCAGCCUCAGUUUCUGGGAUGGGCUGUGUAUGCCGUACUUUUGGGGCUUCGCUUCAUGUUGGUCUUGGCAACCCAAUCGGGCUAUCUCCACCCGGAUGAGUUUUUCCAGAGUGUGGAGAUUGGAGCUGGAGAUGUGUACGGUCUUGACGUGAUUCGUUCUUGGGAAUUCGUGUUAUCGGACAAAGGACCUUUACGUUCGAUUGCUGGAUUAGGCCCGCUCGUUCAUUUUCCGCUGUGGAUUUCCAAGCAGUUCUUCCCGUCAACACAGGUGAACGCAAACGGAACUGGAUUUGCGUCAUUAAGUGGAGCAGAGCUCUUCACUCGGGUUCUAUUACCCGUUCGUCUUCAGACGGUUCUGUGCUCAUUCGUCGUGGAUGUAUUCAUCCUUGUCGGGUCCGGCUACAUUCGUCGACCGUAUAGUCGUGGACGUCGUUGCUUUCUGAACAUGGCUCCCCCAAUCGCGCUCCUACUCUACUCUUCUGGGGCAUUUGGUGGACUAUUGUUGGCCGGGCGCACAUUGGCCAACACUUGGGAAAUGGCGUCAGUCGCCGCGUUCGCGAUACUAGCCCUGUUCGUGAUUCGCGAUGUGCAUCCCCGGAGUAGUUUAAUCUUAAUCACAUUCAUCUUAUGCAUUCAAGCUGUCUUAUUCGUGUGGGCCACAUUCGUCCGAUGCACGUAUCCAGUCUUCGUUUUCCCGCUAGCUUUGAAGGAAAUUUACGUGCUACUUUGCCGGUUUAAACAUCGCAUUCUGCUUUCUGGUUCUAUGGCUGCUUUGUUAGCUGCAUGCACCAUACAACUGUGUCUACACGUUGAUACAGUCUACUUCACACAGUCCGAUCCAUUCACUUGGCAUUCUGUGACUGAUUUGAUUUGUGUCCCGUGUCGUUUCUUGAAAUACAACUCGCGCAGUGAACAUCUGUCGGAACAUGGAUUGCAUCCACCCUACUUACAUUUGUUGGUCAAUAUGCCAUUGAUUUUCGGUCCCGUUCUCGGAUUUUUAUCCUUGUUGAUUCCAUCUCCGAUUCGAAGUGGCCAGACGCUUCUUUGGUUAUCUAUUGUGGUACCCUUAGCGUUUUUAUCCAGUAUUCCUCAUCAGGAAGCGCGCUUUCUCCUACCCAUCGUUCCGUUUGUCUUGAUCCUGACUGGACGGCGAUUGGAACAAUUCAUGGACGGUGCGAUCAGUCGAAAGCGUAUCAUCAUCGUCUGUAUCAUCCUCGCAUCAUGGUGUGUACAACAGAUUUGCCUGACAGUUGUGUUCGGCUCAUUGCAUCAAGCUGGAGUUAUAUCCUAUUUGAAGUCAAUUCCUACUCUUCAGCUUGACCCGAGGGAAUGCCCCGUUCAUGUCUUCUACCAUACUUACAUGCCUCCACGAUUUGUUCUGGGACGGCCCGUCUCUCUCGGAUCAGAGCAUAGUCCGUGUCAUAACGUGAUUGAUCUGAGUGGCUCCCACUUUAAACGGCUUGAAGAUACAUUGGCCAAAUUACGUUUGCAAGCUGACCGGGAAGCAAACAAACAAUGGAUUGCAUAUGUGGUCAGUUGCUCGUUUAUCAGUGGUGGUGUAUGUGCAUGUCAUCACUGUUGUCUUUUGUAUCGGUUCAAUGGUUUACUGAAAUAA